GCACUCUUGGCCAGUCAGUGUAACUUCUGAACAACUCAACCCUAACCCUUCGUUGCCCUGCGCCAAAUAUCAGUGUUCGUCUGUUUCCACCAUGGCCUCUUCUACCAGGCCGCCAAAACAGCAACGGAAACCUGCUCCAGAGCCUGCGCGUGCUAGGCAACCUGCGUGGACAGGCGCUCGCGCCUCGCCGACAUACUCGCCCUCCUCCACUCCCCAUCCCACACAGACCCCCGCUCCUUCCUUCCCACCCCUCGCAGCCCCGACCGCUCCUCCUGUUUCAAUGGAUCGCGUUCUCCAGUCACUUGCAGGGUUAACGGGCACAACAAUAACGCUGCUAACAAAGACGUCUUCACGUUUCGAAGGGGUGAUUGGAUCGACCAGUAGUGAGGGGGAUACCACAGGAGUCACUCUACGCGACGUGAAAGAUCUCACCAAUCCCGGCGGACCCCUCAAGGAGUCACUGUUCAUUGCCUCGACCAAUAUCGAUACUUGGAGCUCAGGCCCGGCUGACGCGAAGGUUCCCAAUGGCGAUUCAUUCCGGACCGAUGUCGACAUCACCAACCUGCAGAAGAAAGCUCUCCCGCGCGAACGCGAACUGCAGGCAUGGCAGCCUGAUAGCGCGACGAAUCCAGCGUCCUCCUCGACACUUGGGACCUCGAGUACUGCUGAUGAGGAGACGUUCGGGACUGGUGCCACUGGUAAAAACGCAUGGGACCAAUUCAACGCGAACGAGCGUCUGUUCGGCGUCAAGACCACCUUUGAUGAAGAGGCUUACACCACCAAGCUCGAUCGCAACGCACCCGAUUACAAGGAGCGGGAGCGGAAAGCCCAAAAGAUCGCGAACGAAAUCAUGGGAGCCACGAGUAACAAUCCACACGUAGCUGAGGAGCGUUCCAUGAAUAACGUGGACGAUAGCGGGGAGAAUGAGGAAGACAAGUACGGCGCUGUUGUGCGGGCUCCAGGCGCAUAUGUUCCGCCUGGCGCCAGGCCAUUGGGGAAAGUUGAUGGUGUGAUCCCUAGAGUGGCCGUAAACGGCCCUGACGGACUAACCAACUCGCCUUCGCCGGCUCCCUCUGGGACCUCUGGUACUCCCGCUGCUGUCACUGCUUUCAGUGACUUCGUGACCAGCGAAAAGAAUCGGUUGCAACAGAAGCGCCAGGCAAUGGUUAAGAGCGACAUGGACAAGCGCCUUUCGGAAUUGGUGAGCUUCGGCAAGAAUUUCAAGCUGAACAAACCCAUCCCUGAGGACUUGGUCCCCAUUCUUGCUAAGGACGAGGAAAAGCAGCGCGCUAUCAAGGAGAAGGCGACACGCGAUGCAACCUCGGCCGGUGCGCGCAACAUCGGUGCUUCGUCGUCUCCAACCACAGCACCAGGCGCUCCCAGGGGCGGGCCAGCAUUGGCAGCGAAAAUCAGCUCGUCCAAGGUUUCUCCUCCAAUUGCUGCUCCGUUGGGAGUCAAAUCUGCUGCAGCAAAGCUUCCUAUUGCUGCAAAUGGAGUGUCCAAGCCGGCAGCUGCUGCGACACCAGUCAAGGCGCCCAAGAUGGUGAUUCAAUCGAUCCCUCCAUUCCGUGGGGCCAAGACACGGCAGUCGUCUCAGCCUCAAGCUGUGCCACCAGCUAAAAUUCCGAGCAUGACCGCGUCCGCGACGACCUCAGCCUUGCCCCCGGCUUCCCCCAGUCCCGUCAACGCAAAUGCGUUGGGCAAGCUGAGUGCGAACGCGCCCUCAUUCAAGCCGAAUCCCAAAGCUGGGACAUUUUCCCCGGUGGGCCCGCCCUCUGCGUCUGGUUCGCCCAAGCCCAAGGCAGAGCAACCUGCCACCCCGAAUGCAUUCUUUGGCACCCGUGUGCUGAAGAAAACGGCGACGCACAUUAAGGAUGACUUUAAUCCGUUCAAGCUGAACAACAAGGUGGUAGAAGCGUCUCAAAUUGCUGCCAUGUGGCCGUACAACGGCAAACGUUACAUGCUCAUGUUCCCUCAAUCGCCUGCACCGCCACCUCACGCGCCGCAUCCCUCUCCGCACAUGCAACCCCCUGGGCCGAUGCCGAUGCCGCCGCAAGCCGGGUACGACGACGAGGCUGCCGCGAGGGGAUACGUCUAUGCGUAUCCGCCGUAUGGCUAUCCCGGCCAGAUGCUGCCGCCGGGGAUGGUUCCACCCGGGCCGCCGGGCGCAUACAUGGGUGCGCCCUACAUGCAGGCCAUGCCCUACCCGCCGGGUAUGCCUCCCCCCGCGAUGUAUGCGUCAGCUCAGAUGGGCCAGAUGCCUCCGCCACAAGCCUACAUGCAGCCGCCCCCGGGUGCCUACCCCCCACCCAAUGGUGCUGCCCAUCGUCCAUCAAUGCCGCCCACGCCGAUCCCCGCUCAUGCGCAUCCAUACUAUCAUCAAAGCCCUCAGCCACAUGCUGUGCCGUACCAAAUGAUGAUGCAGCAGCCGACAGGACACCCGUACGACGGCUCUCAGGUUCCAAUGGGCGGAGGUGGACACGCUUGAUUCGUAUGGGAGGAUUUCUUGUCGCAUUUGUUUUCGGAAUCUGGCCUUCUUUUUCUGGGAUUCGUGUCACUACUGUAUGUUGUUACGCAUUCUGGAAACAAGACCGAUUUGUUGCACAAAUGGCUAGAUAGACAUGACCUCGACCUUCUUGAGGAGACCCUUCAGUGUAUUGCUCGCCCGAUUGCAGUUGCCCUGCAGCCAUCCCUCCAUCUGCUCGCGCACGGCAGCCAGCUCCGCACAUACUGGCAGAGACCCAUCAACCCUGACCAGGCCCGGGUUGAGUAAAAUGUCGAAGAGACCCUCCCAAAGUUCGCCUUGCCAGUAUCGCUUGAAGGGUGUAUCAAUCGUCCGUCGGCCGUUCCUCGUUCCCACCGAAUUCUCCUGGAUGUACUUCCCGAAAAGCAGACAGUAGACGACGCCCGCCAGCCCAAAGUAGUCCGUCUGCCACGUCCAGGGACGUUUCUCCCGCAGCUCAAAGCAGUCGCGUGCAUCCGCCUCCCAGUCGCCGACGAACUGCUGGCCCGCGGGAAAGAGGCGCGUGUCAAUCGUCCGCCCAAAGUCGAUCAGCUUGAUGCCUUUACAGCGCCAUCCGUCUUCGCCCGUGGGAUUGUAGAUACUCGACCACGCCGAGGGUCCUCCGGGAACGUCUUCCAGCCGCAGCAGGCAGUUGUCGAUCUUGAGGUCGCCGUGGAUGAAUCCGGCGGAGUGCAUUCCGUCGACGACCCGCAGCAGCUCGACCGUGAAGAACAUGACCAAGAGCUCAUCGAGCGUCCCGCCGGCCUGAGCCAGACUGCCCGCAUUUGCCCCGUUGACGAUGUUGAGAAGGGUGCCCUGGGGACAGAUAUCCAUCGCAAGAUAACUCUCGUCCCGGAACGCAAACAACGCGUGCGGCAGCACAAUCGAUUGCCGGAGAUGAGGCUCUACGGCAGCAUGCAGGCGUCGCAAGACUCGGUAUUCCCAGACAUUCCGCGGUCGUACGACUUUCAGUGCAACGGCGGAUGACAUUUCGUCGUCGUCGUCGUCUUCCUCGUCGUCUUCCUCCUCUUCGUCAUCGUCUUCCUGUUUGUUGCCGAGAUCCUUGGCUCGGAAGACUGCGCCGAACCCGCCUUCACCCAGCUUGUCGGUGACGCCGAAGCGAUGGCCGUGAAGAUUGAGCGAGUAUCGACCACCUUCAAGCACCUCCCCACUGCUCUUCCGACCGCGUUUGGUGAAUUUCUGCAGUGCAUCGAGCAGAUUCGCGUCCUCGUGCUCCAGAUCGUAGAAAUACCGGUCCGGCACCGUCAGCGAAAGCAGCGCAGACAUGACCGAUUCCUCGAACGGGUUACAUGGAUUCGUCGGGCGGAACAUUGAGCUCGAUUUCAGGGCAUGAGCCAGUCUCGUAGACUUGUUAUCCGCCUCCGUCUCCGUCUCGGCCUCGGCCGCCUCCUUCUCGUCUUCUUCUUGCAACUCUGCAGCCAGCCGCUCUGCACUGUCUAGAGCAAACUGCUCGCUCCGCCGCGUGUCGUCCUCGAUCUGCCCUCGGCUGGGUGUCCCGUUGAAAACGGAGGACCUGGCCGUGUAUUCGAAGGUGCGCUCUGUGAUCGGCGUCAUGACAUUGAACGACCCGAACCGUCCACCGAGCGGGGCCUGAUAUGAAUCCUCGGCGCCUUCCUCGUAAACCUCCACGGCCUGUGGCGGUUCCUCCAUCUCCUCAUCUUCGUAUUGAUAGUCGUUUUCGUACUGAUCUUCCUCUGGAAUCUCCGUGCUUACGGGCGGUGUGUCGGCAGGUUCCUGAUAUGGUGUGAAUGUCGUCGGUGCCGGCCGCGGAAUGUCUUUGAACGGGGUGAACACAGAACUCCCUCCACCUGGCGUGAAGGCGUUCUCUGACGCGUCUGGCGGACGGCUGAAUACUUUGAAAGGCGUCUUAUUUUCGUCCACGAACGGUGUGAACGCUGGAACGCUGUCUUGAUACGACUUGGCUCGUUCGUGUGUGGGCUUCGGGGGUGAAGGUUUCCCGUGAUCGUCUGUGAAAACGUCCCGCAUCGGCAGUGGUGUCGGUUUCGGCUGGCUUUCUGAUAGAACGGAAGCUGGCGUGAAGACCUUGAAUACGCUUUUCUCUGAGGCCACCCCAGUAUCUUCAGGGACAACCGUGAGCUUGCUAGAAGAUAGCGGUUUGAAUGCCGUUAGACGUGUGUUGCUA